CUUUAAGUAAGCUUACUCUUCCUGUGCCUCUGGUGAUAUUGAUACAAUUUUAAACGGCCGAGUUUGAAGGUCUACGUAUCUCAUCCACAUUGCACACAAGAAGUUUAUCUUCCACGCCCUCCUCUUUCUUAAGGGCUCAGAACGUUCCCUUGAGAAGGCAGGCAGCUCUGAAUGCCUGGGGAAGAAACAGCCUACAAAAGCCUCUGAGCCUGGGACUAACUACAGCUUCUGUUUCCAGUGGGAGCACCAAGGUGGAAAGCUGAAAAGAUGGUGCUAGAUCUCCUGGGAUGUUUUCCUCCCCUCCUAUUGCUGCUGGGACUUUGGGGACCAAUGUAUCCAGUUUAUGCUUUGCCUAAGAAUCUCACCAAGGCUAAGUGGUUUGAAAUUCAGCAUAUACAACCAACCCCUCUCCAAUGCAACAUGGCAAUGCAAGGUGUCAAUAAUUAUACUCAGCACUGUAAGCCUCUAAACACCUUUCUGCAUGACUCCUUCCAGAAUGUGGCUGCUGCCUGUAAGCCGCCCAACAUUACCUGCAAGAAUGGCCAGAACAAUUGCUACCAGAGCCCAAAGCCUGUCAGCCUCACUAACUGCAAUCUCACUGGAGGGAGGUAUCCUAACUGCCGCUACCAAGAUGCUCCCCAGUACAAGUUCUUCAUUAUUGCCUGUGACCCCCCUCAGAAGGGAGACCCUCCCUAUAAUUUGGUUCCUGUACACUUAGAUAAGGUUUUUUAAAGUUUUUACCAUUUUGCCUCGCACUUGGUACAGGUUCCUUUAUGCUCUCCUGCCUUCUCUUUUGUUGAUUCCCUGGUUCCCAUAGAAGAAAAAAGGAGGGUAUUGGGAGAAUUAAAGUGUCAAGGACACCAGACCAGAGUUGGGACAAAAAGAAAUUAUGAUUCCUUUCUGCUUUGGAGCUCUGUGUGUUUCAAAGGAAGACAAUAAGGAAGAGGGAAAAGAAGGGUCCAGACCUCCCUAUUUUUUAAUCUGGGAACUUCUGUCAAGCUUUGUUACACUGCAUUAACAGCAAUAAAACCACUUUCUGCUGCA